AUGUCAAACCUUCCCGGUUCGGAUAUCAAGCCAUGGACCCGCCCCGCACCGAAGGGAUACAAGUUCAUUAAAGCGAACAUUGUCGAUGUCACAUCUGGCACAAUUAAAGAAAAUUCGACUUUGCUUAUUGUGGAAGGCAAAAUCGCCUAUGUCGGCCCAGAAUCAUCAGCACCAGCUUCACCAACAGGACUAGAAACCGUGGACUGCCAAGGCAAAUACCUGAGUCCGGGCCUGUUCGACGCCCACGUCCAUUUAUGUGCAGUCCCAGGCUUUAGCGACUUAUCUAAAGCUUUUGGAAAUCCAAACGAUGUGCAUCUCUUGCGCCAACCCUAUACCGCUUCACAGAUGUUACACCGUGGCUUCACCAGCAUCCGCGACUGCGGCGGUGCACAGCUCGCUCUGAAAGAGGCAAUCGAAGACGGUGUGUUUCCCGGUCCACGAGUCUUUAUCUCCGGCCAUGCAUUAUCUCAAUUUGGAGGCCAUGGUGAUCUUCGCGGGCCGCACGAGCCUACGGAAUGCUGUGGUGGUACUCACAGCAACAACCAUCUCGGUCGGAUGUGUAACGGUGUGCCAGAAUGUAUGGCGGCUGUGCGAGAGGAGAUCCGUUGCGGUGCUGAUUUCAUUAAAAUCAUGGGCUCGGGCGGGGUCGCAUCUCCCACUGAUAAACUCGAACAUCUCCAGUUCACAUCUGCUGAGAUCCAAGCUAUGGUUGAAUGCGCGGAUAACGCGGGCACUUUCGUUACUGCACAUGCAUACACCGUCAAGGCUAUUCGGCAUUGCAUUGAUAAUGGUGUGCGCGGUAUAGAGCAUGGCAACUUUGUGGACCCGCCCACGGCCAAGCUCAUGGCUGAGAAGGGCGUAUACUUGACUCCGACGCUUAUCACUUAUGCGCAGAUGGCGUCUGAGAAAUGGAAGAAUUUCCUCCCUAUUGAGUCGCAGAUUAAGAAUACAACCGUGCUCAAGUCUGGUCUUGAAGCUCUGCGGAUUGCGUCUGAGGCGGGUGUCACGAUGUGCUAUGGGUCUGAUUUGCUUGGUCCGCUGGGAUCUGCGCAAACUCAUGAGUUCGCCUUGCGCGCGCAAGUUUUGACUUCGCUUGAGGUUUUGCGAAGCGCAACCAUUAACCCGGCCAAGAUGAUGGGCUGUGUGAGUGAGCUUGGGCAGAUUAAGGAGGGAUUCAGGGCUGAUGUCGUAGUUUUGAAUAAGAAUCCGCUUGAGGAUGUGACUGUCUUUGACAGGCCUGAUGAGCAUGUCCUAGGGGUAAUGAAAGACGGUCGCAUUUACAAGAGCCGAUGGCUCGAUUUGGUUGAAGACGGGCAUAUUCCUGUGAAAGUACAAUGA